UACUCUUCGAGAUUUGCUUGAACUUCUUGAAGCUGGGGAAACCACAGUUCAUUGCGCCGAAUAUUUUGCAUCGAGAAAGAUGGUACUUCGGAAAGACGAGCUAGAAGUCCAGCUCAAGGAUGAACAUCAACUUAUCAGAGAUGGAGUGCUCAAGGACGACAGCCCUCUUGACGUCAGUAAUGACUUCCGGAAACUCUGCGACGCUUGUCGGAUUGGAGAUUUGAAGGGUUGCCAGGAAGCUGUUGCUUCCGGAGUUAACAUUAACGCCCGAGAUGUUUUUGAUUAUACGCCCUUGAUACUGGCCAGUCUUUGUGGACAUUACGAAGUAGUCCAGUUUCUCCUCGAAGCUGGUGCACUCUGCGAACGAGAUACCUUCCAAGGCGAGCGAUGCCUGUACAAUGCCCUCAAUAAUCGGAUUCGAAAUCUUCUACUGGAAUAUGACUAUUCUAAAAGUAGCGAUCCUCUGCAGCCUUUAGCCUCACAUGUUACCACGCUCCUCACUCGACAGACACCCAACACCUCCGAUAUCUGCCUCACGGCAGGUUCAGAAAAGUGGAAUCUUCAUAAAUUCAUCCUUUCUGCUCGCUCACCAUACUUUACUAAGAAGCUCACAACUGCACCGGAAACAACAAUUUGGAAAUUGGCGAACACAAUACCACCUGAGGCUUUCCACAUUGCUUUACGGUACUUAUACCUUGGAGACGUACCCGCAGACCUUGGCUUGAGCAACAAGAGCUUCGUCACAGAAGAAGAGGUUCUGAAAGGCAUUGAUAAAGUUAGCAAACAAUUAGAGAUCGAAUCUCUCUGGGAAGGGUUAUUGGCAGGAAGUGAUAGACGAAUUGCGAGGCAGAGACAUCAGGACGAAGUCACACGAGGUCGAGAUCAAAUUGAGACAUGGUACCGGAAUAAUGUUUUGAAGCACAAAAUCAACGUGGACUCAAGCAAAGCAAACGACGUGAAGUGGACAAGAGAUAAUAGCAUUUUCGCAGAUGUAUUGCUUCGCGCAGACGAGGAAGGAUCCAACGAGUCAAGUUCUGGUGAAGAAACACCGAAAUUGAGGAACACGCUUGGACCUUUAAAUGGCAUUCCUAUUGGGCCAUUUGCAACUUCACGAUCUCCUUCGGCGACUAGGAAAUCAAAGCAAGCGGUCCUAUUUCCAUGCCAUCGAGCGAUGUUGUUGAGGUCCGAGUAUUUCCAGACUAUGUUUGCCUCGUCAUUCAAGGAGGCACAGGUUACGGAAUACCUCCAAAUUAUCAAGGUCGACUGUACACCAGAGGUGCUGGAGGUUGUCUUGAAUUUUAUUUAUACUGAGCAAACCCAUAUACCCAUCGAACUGGCGCUGGAUGUUCUCUUUGUUGCCGAUAUGCUACUCAUCGAGAAACUGAAAGCAAAAGCCGCGACUGUCAUCAGUACUGUAGGCAUGGGUAGUGGAGGACUGCCGGAUCGGACACAUACUGAAGCUGGUCAAGAUCAGGCAGUUGAGGUUGAGCCAAUUAAUGUGUAUGAUGUGAUUCGAGCAGCCUGGGAUCUUAAGGUUCAACGAUUGGAGGAAUUUAGUGCAAGAUAUUUAGCAUUUCGGUUGGAAGACUAUAUCGACGAGCAAGAGUUUGAGGACUUGAUCAAGGAGAGUGCCUCCAGGAUUCAAAAUCGACAGGAAACAGAUACAAUUGAACUUUUGGACGACAUUCGGCACUACCUAUCUGAUCGAUUUCGAUUACGAUUUGAGGACUCGGGACUCGAGGAUAUGAUGGAUGAAAAUGAGACUGACGAUACCGAAGAAUUGUCCAGUGAAUCUCAGAAUCCGGAUGAGGCUGUUGAUAUAAGCUCCCCACCAGGCAAAGCUCUCGAUUUUGCUUCUAGCCCUUUCAUGAAUGGCGAAAUUAGAACCUUGGACGGAGAAGUGGCAGGUGAUGAGUUCGCUGCUGAUGCUGUGAAUUACCAAGUUCUACUUGGAAAAAUCGACAACUUGUUAGAGAAGUUGAAGCUAGACGCAUAGACUAAAUCUAGAGCCUUUAGAC